GCCUGAGACGAGCACAAGAAGAGCCGAACCGGAAGAGCCCGAACCGGGUCGGGUUCGGUCUUCUGCGAAAGCAAAAGCCCGGUUCAAAUUGCGAACCGCUUCUUCUCCUCCAUUCCCCCGAAUCCCCCGCCCCUUCUCUUCCACGCCCAUGGCGUCGUCUCUGUUCAUCCGCGCCGCGCGCAAGCUCCGGGCCCCGACCCCGACCUCGACCUCGAUCUCGCUCUCCCCCCUCUCCCUCCUCUCCCACCUCCAAAACCCUAGCCCCCUCCCCGCUCCUCAAACCCUAGCCCCUUCGCUCCCUCCCGCGAUCCAUCCUUCGACUUGGAUCGCGCCCUCCACUCGCUCGCCGAGGAUCCUUCGGCGGUUCCCGUUCGAACUAUCCGUCGCUUCGAUCUCGAGCUCCUCGGGGACCGCCGACGAGAGGCCUGGUAGGGCGGCCGAUGGCGGCGGCGGCGGCGGAGGAUCGCCGGCUCCGGCGGCUCCGGCGCCGUCGUGGGUGGAGCUGUACGUCCCGGCGUCGGUGCGGCCGUAUGCUCUUCUGGCGCGGCUCGAUAAACCCAUCGGAACGUGGUUACUAGCUUGGCCUUGCAUGUGGUCCAUCACGAUGGCCGCAACACCUGGGGAGCUUCCUAAUUUGAAAAUGUUAGCACUGUUUGGAUGUGGUGCUGUGCUUCUAAGAGGGGCUGGUUGCACAAUAAAUGACCUUCUUGACCGCGACAUUGAUAAGAAGGUUGAGCGCACGAAAUCCAGGCCUUUUGCAUCUGGCAUAUUGACACCAUUUGAGGGUCUUUCCUUUCUUGGUUUUCAGCUUCUGCUGGGCUUGGGAAUUCUUCUUCAACUUAAUAACUACAGCCGUGUUCUCGGAGCUUCAUCAUUGUUUCUGGUCUUUUCUUACCCUCUUAUGAAGAGACUGACAUUUUGGCCUCAAGCAUACCUCGGCUUGACCUUCAACUGGGGGGCUUUGUUAGGAUGGGCUGCGAUUAAAGAAAGCUUGGAUCCUUCUAUCGUCCUUCCACUCUACACUGCCGGUGUAUGUUGGACGCUUGUAUACGAUACCAUAUAUGCACAUCAAGAUAAAGAAGAUGACCUGAAAGUGGGAGUUAAAUCUACCGCAUUGAGGUUUGGAAGUUUGACCGAGUACUGGAUAACUGGGUUUGGUGCUGCUUGUAUCAGUAGCCUAGCACUAAGUGGAUAUAAUGCCGAGCUUGCAUGGCCCUUCUAUCCAUUUCUGAUUGCUGCAAGUGGUCAGUUAGCUUGGCAGAUCUUAACCGUUGACUUGUCUAACCGUGCAGACUGCAACAGAAAAUUUGUUUCCAACAAAUGGUUCGGAGCACUCGUAUUCAGCGGCAUCCUAUUCGGACGCCUCGCUUCCUGAGAGGUGACAAGCAGUAUUGGGAGAUCUCUUCUUCAGGCACCUAAAAUAGAUUGCGGGGCGGCGUGCGCGACGCGGUGCAGCAGGAACUGGAAGAACAAGAUGUGCAGGAAGAUGUGCGGCAUCUGCUGCUCCAAGUGCAG